UGGUUAGUUGGGCUGAGUUAGUCAUUCUCGAGAGACCAAAGAGGUCGAAGGUUGACAAAUUAUUCAGUCAUAUCAGUGUAGUGAAUAUAAAGAGACUCUAGUGUUUUAGCGAACGCACCCAAUGUACGUGUUAACUAAUAAACUCACCUGAUAAGCAGAAAGGUGUACAAAACUAAUUAGAAAAACGAAAAAAAGCCACGGAAAAUGGCAGGGAUCUUACGAGGCCGUAGUUGCUUUGGUUUGGCGUCGGCCUUCCUUCCAUUUGCUCUACUCGCAAUUCUGGCCUUCAUGAAAGCGACAUCAGCUGCAAAUGAUGGUCAUUGCAUUUGGUAUGGGCAGUGUUACGUAGAUCCAGUAUUACAACAUAAGAAAAAUUGUGUGUACAAUGGCACAGCAAAAGUUUUGGAUACUGAAGGUCAAAUACUUUUACACAAAUUGUGUCCACACUUACUGACUGACUCUGGCGAUGGCGUGCGCACGUGCUGUGAUGUUGAGCAGCUCAAGACCUUAGACGCAAACAUUAAACUAGCUUCAAACUUCUUAAAGCGAUGUCCGAGCUGUUUGAACAAUCUUCAGAAGCACUUCUGUGAAUUCACAUGUUCACAAAGUCAAAGUGCUUUCAUUAAUAUUACCAGCAUUGAAGAGGAUGCAAACACGACCUAUGUCGAUGGUAUCGACGUUUACAUAACUAAGAAAUACUUGGAAGGAACAUAUAAGUCAUGUAGUCAAGUAUCCGUUCCCAGUACGGGUGAAUUGGCAUUAGAUUUAAUGUGUGGCGAAUGGGGGGCAAGUCGAUGCAGUGCAUUUAAAUGGUUCCGCUAUAUGGGAGAUGCUGCGAACAAUAUAUAUGUACCGUUUCAAAUAAACUAUAUUGAGACCGAUGCACCACUUAAUGGUUUUACACCAAUGGAUCCAACAAUCACGCCAUGCAGCAAACCUUUGAAUGCAAUGUCUCCAGCCUGCAGUUGCUUGGAUUGCGAGGCUAGCUGUCCGAUUCCUCCACCAGCACCACCAAUACCAAAACCAUUUACUAUUGCUGGAUAUGACGGUUAUGCGGUUGUAAUGUUGAUCAUCUUCGUUUGUGGCACUAUUCUCUUCCUCAUGGCCAUUGUCUGCUUCAGCAAACGAAAGCAGAUCGUUGCACGAGGCGAGGUAGUGGGAAGACAAGUGGGUAGACGAUUAGCGGCCGGGCUCCAUCAUCCAGGAGACGGUGCACGAAUUGCCCUUGCAGCGGACCAGGAGGACAGCCCGCUUCAAUCUAAACGUUCCAGUGUUGUAUCUGUUGAUGAUUUGCCAGCCGAUUUGGUUGAUGGACAACCAAACUGCAUCGAACGUCUUGGAGCAAAAAUGGACGUAUUGCACACAGUUUUCUGUUGGUGGGGAACCGUUUGUGCUACGCGACCCUGGCUCAUUCUGUUCCUGGGAUUGUCGUUCGUGAUGAUACUAGGACACGGAAUAAAAUAUCUGCACGUUACAACAGACCCAGUGGAACUCUGGGCCUCUCCACAUUCACGAUCGAGAGUCGAAAGAGAUUAUUUCGAUAGUCAUUUCGAGCCUUUCUACAGAACCGAACAGAUUAUUAUUUCAGCAGUUGGUCUACCCAAUAUCGUUCACAAUACUUCAAAUGGUCCUAUUACUUUUGGACCCGUGUUCAACAAUAGUUUCUUACUAACAGUAUUAGAACUACAAGAGAGCAUAAAGCAGCUUAUUACCCCUGGGAGUUAUGCUCUUAAGGAUAUUUGCUAUGCGCCUAUGAGUGGUCCUUUUUACGGACCGCGUGCUGUUUCUCAGUGUGUCAUUCAGAGUAUAUGGGGAUACUGGCAAGAUAGCGUAGAUACUUUCAACGAAACUGAGGUAGAUGAGAAUGGCUUUGAAGUAAACUACCUUGACCAUUUUAUGGAAUGUACUGGAAACGCGUACGGUCCAAGAUGCCGAGCGCAAUAUGGAGGACCCAUUCUUCCAGAUGUUGCAGUUGGCGGUUUCUUAACCCCGGGACAAACUUAUAAUCAUCCACCGUAUGAGGAGGCUACUGCUAUCAUUCUCACGUUUUUGGUCAAUAAUUAUCAUAACAAGACCAAAUUGCAGCCUGCUAUGGAAUGGGAGAAAACUUUUGUUGAGUUCAUGAAGAACUGGACGGCGACCAAGAAACCCGCUUACAUGGAAGUGGCCUUCAAUUCGGAACGUUCAAUUGAGGAUGAACUCAAUCGAGAAUCUCAAUCAGACAUUUUAACUAUCCUUGUCUCCUACAUCAUCAUGUUCGCCUAUAUAGCAAUUUCUCUUGGCCAGAUAAGAACGUGCAGUCGUUUGCUGAUCGACUCGAAAAUAACCUUGGGUCUCGGUGGCGUAUUAAUUGUCCUGGCGUCAGUGAUCUGCUCUGUGGGUUUCUUUGGAUUCGUUGGACUUCCUGCAACUUUGAUCAUUAUUGAGGUUAUUCCCUUCCUGGUGCUCGCAGUCGGCGUAGACAACGUAUUCAUCCUGGUACAGACGCAUCAACGAGAGGGUAGAAGACCCAAUGAGUCUAUUCCCGAACACAUUGGACGUACUUUGGGUCAGGUUGGGCCUAGCAUGCUGCUCACCAGUUUCUCUGAAAGUUGCUGCUUCUUCCUCGGCGGUUUAUCCGACAUGCCUGCAGUUAAAGCCUUUGCGCUGUACGCGGGAUUGGCCUUACUCGUUGAUUUCAUUCUUCAGAUCACCUGCUUUGUCAGUCUUCUAGCCCUGGAUACUAUUCGACAGGCUAAUAACAGAUUAGAUGUCUGUUGCUUCAUUCAUGGAUCAAAGAAGGAUAAUGAUGAGGAAGUUGUUGAUGGAAUUCUUUACAAGAUAUUUAAGGUAGCUUACGUGCCAUUACUCAUGCAGAAAUGGGUCCGUACUGGAGUCAUGGUAAUUUUCUUCGGAUGGUUAUGCACGAGUAUUGCUGUUGUACCUCAUAUUGAAGUAGGACUCGACCAGGAACUGUCGAUGCCUGAAGACAGCUUUGUCCUUAAAUACUUUAAAUUCCUGAACAAUUAUCUAUCCGUUGGUCCCCCUAUGUAUUUUGUCGUCAAAGAUGGCCUCAAUUAUUCAGAUACCGAGACACAAAAUUUAAUUUGUGGCGGGCAAUAUUGCAACAGUGAUUCGAUUACCGGACAAAUUUUCGCCGCAUCCAAACAAUCAAAUAGGACCUACAUCGCCAAACCGGCGGCGUCUUGGCUGGAUGAUUAUAUCGAUUGGUCGAUGUCACCUGAUUGUUGUAAAUACUUUCCUGGAAACAAUUCGUUCUGUCCUCAUACAGACCGGAGUUGUAAGAAAUGUAACAUCACCGCCAAUAAAUAUAACAGACCAAUACCUGAAGAUUUUGGUCGCUAUGUAUCCUUCUUCUUGGAGGAUAAUCCAGAUGAUAAGUGCGCAAAAGGUGGUCACGCAUCCUAUAGCAGUGGUGUCAAUUAUUGGGAAAAUCCAAAAACUCACGUGUCCAGAGUAGGAGCCAGUUACUUUAUGGCUUAUCACACGAUACUGAAGAGCUCUGCCGAUUAUUACGAGGCUAUGAGAGCCGCGAGACGGGUUUCCGCUAACAUCACGGAAAUGCUUAAUAAAAACUUGAAAGCGGCUGGGAAAACUGGUGAAGUCGAAGUUUUUCCAUACAGCGUCUUUUACGUCUUCUACGAGCAGUACUUGACAAUGUGGCCGGAUACGCUACAAAGUAUUGGAAUAUCUCUGUUAGCCAUUUUCGUAGUGACCUUCCUUCUUAUGGGCCUCAAUAUAUGCUCGUCUAUUGUCGUGCUCAUUACUAUCACCAUGAUUGUCAUUAACAUUGGUGGACUUAUGUAUUGGUGGCACAUCACCCUCAAUGCCGUAUCCUUGGUUAAUCUGGUCAUGGCUGUUGGAAUUUCUGUGGAAUUCUGCAGUCACUUGGUGCAUGCCUUCUCUGUCUCCAUUCAACCGACAAGAGUCGAAAGAGCCGCUGAUGCACUCACCAAUAUGGGAAGCUCAGUAUUUAGUGGAAUCACUCUCACGAAAUUUGGUGGAAUAAUUGUCCUUGGCUUUGCUAAUAGUCAAAUCUUCAAGGUUUUCUACUUCAGAAUGUACCUAGGCAUCGUGCUUUUCGGUGCAGCUCACGGUUUAAUAUUCCUACCAGUUUUACUCAGCUAUAUAGGCUCGCCAAUGAACCGACAGAUGCUGGCCAAUCACAAAAGAGCGAUACGUGAAAACUUGGACGGCGUGCAAGAGACUUCUUUGAAUCAUGGUGUAAGCAAACCUAAUUCUCCUCCUACACCUACCUUCCGAAUGAUCGAAUUCGACAGAUAGGCCCGAUGAGUGGAAGUAGGACGAGCCGGAGGGUCGCGUAUGAAAAUCGAAGCAUCAACCAGAGUGCCGAGGACGAGGAUCCCGCAGUCAGAGCACCUCUCCUACGCAGUAACCCCCAAGGUCCGAGUACUUCCUACGCCAGUGUAAACGUCGUAAACUGAUAAGAGUGGUUCUUGCUUGAUAAAGAGAAACAAUGGAAUGGAAACUUUCAGUAAUUUCCAACGUAAUUUUUAAGGAGACACAAUUUUAGGCAGAAAUUUAUUCUAAUCCAUUUCACUUCUCAUGAAGGUGAAUGGAAUUCGCUUGAUAAGGCUAUAAAUUCGACUGUAGCUAAGCCGUUCCAAAGUGUUCCGAGAGAGUAACGCAACUGGACUCGUUACAGUAUUUAUUUCUUGGGAUCAUACGAAUCCAAAAAAAAAACUUAUUUAUAGUGGAGGAUAAAUUUGUCGCCUUUGUCCAAGAUGGUUAUAUCAUUAAAAUUAUUGGGAUUUCAUGAACUUAUUGAAAAUUGAUUGUAAAUAGCUUUAAAAACGGUACACGAUACAUACGUGGUUAUUAAAAUUGGAAUAGUUAGAUUGUGCGAUACUUCUUGUUGAGAAACGCGAUUAAACAUAUUCCGUUUUCCGUAUCGUUAUCCCAUUAAGUUAUGUCUUGAAGUUCCUGUUGAAGAGACGUUAUCACCGCAAUCCAAGAUAUCAAUGGGAUUUUACGAUAUCGAAUUCUUUUUGCCGUCCAUUACCGUGUUUAAACCUUACAACUUACAUUAUAACAUUUAAUAUAACAUUGGCACAGUCUUUCCACCUAGUGUAAGAGUUGUACAUGAUUCUUAUAUGUAAAAUUGUAUAGAUAACUGAUCGAUGCCAAUUUUAAUCUGGUCGUAGUUUAUCUAAUUGUGAAUAAUUGCUCGUGAAGUUAAUUUUGCGGUAUGAGAUUAAAAAUUUGGAUUACCCAAAGGACCAUCUUGGACAGAUUUAUUUCUUUAACUCAAUCUCAAUGAUGCGUGAGAAAUAAUUAUUCUUUGUCAUGGCGCGCCUACGGAUUUGAUUAAGCUCGAUGCUUCGCGUCCGACGGCAUUUGAACUUAAUGAAAAUGCUUAAUUUAAUAUUCACAUUCAAGAAUAAUUUAUCUGAGAAUUUCAUGAUUAUAUUACUGAUGUCAUUUGUAAUAUUUACAGUCGCAAAAUGUAUAGGAAACAGUGUAGGAUCUAUGGUGUUGUUUUGUAAGCUCACGUCUUUGGAAGGUUUACCAGUGGCAUUUACAAUAAUUAAUCAAAGAGAAAGGAACAAAAGUAAUUUUAACAGCAUUCACGUUCCAAAGCGAUAGUUUUAUUAUUUACUUCCAAUGCAUUAUUUAAUUUUCGUAUCUUCUGUAAUAUUUAAUUCUGUAUAUGUAUUAAUGGGAAUUGUUUCGUCCGUUGGACUCAAAGUGUUAAAACAAUCUUCACUAGAAGGCAUGAUUGUUUACGUAGGUGUAAAAGUAUUAGAAAUUUAAAAUUUCGAUAAUUCAAAUAAGUAGUAUAAUUUAAUAGAUUUCAUUUCCUACUGCGCGUGCGCACAGAGUGCAUACGAUUUUCACGAUUCUCAUCUCUUUCUCAUUGAUCGUUAUCGCGGUCCACGGAGGAAACGUUUUGUACGUAAAAAAAGAUACAAUUUUUAUACAAACAAAGCCGCAGUAAUUAAUAAAUGAUAAUUCUCUAGGACGUAUUAAUAACAUGCGAUGGUACUUUACUAUCAGCGAGUGAAGUGAAAAGCCCCUGAAACGUAAAGUGUAAGGCGUUAGAUAAAUGAAUAAUACAUUAGCUCGAAUCUGACUGUUUAAGUUUAUACGCAAUUGUCUCGAAUUGGCAGUGGCAUAUCGAUUUAUAUGUUCGUUCAAUGUCGAACGUGAUAAUUGUACCAUUGAUGAAAUACGAAUACAGAUCUAGAUUGUGAAUAAAUCCUAUUGUCAUUUUAUCAUAGA